GUACACAUACGCGCGUGAGAAGCUCCAGAUCAUCUGGGUACAAUCUGUUGGGAAAGCUCAGAAUUUUUAGGAAAAAUCUGUUGGGGAGCCAGACCUGCAAUCUGCAACAACAACCUAACGGCGCAACCUCGGCGGCGCUGGAGAAGAGAAGCGGCGGGACAAUUCGGUCGGCGCUCGUCUCCCCGAUCGCCCUUCGCUUCACCCCCUCGCCUUUUCCAGAUUUUUGCUCUGAUCCUUAAAAACCGGAUGGCAGCGAUGGAGAGGGCACAGAGGUGCUCGGCGGCAAGCCUCACGGAGGACCUCAUCGUGGAGAUCCUCUCGCGCGUCCCAGUGAAGCCGCUUUGCCGCUUCAAGUGCGUCUCCAAGGCCUGGGAGAACCUCAUCUCCCACCCGGAGCACCGCAAGAAGCUCCCCCAGACCCUGGCCGGCUUCCUCUACACCAGCCUCAGCGGCCUGCUCCCAGCUCUGGCCUUCACCAAUGCAUCCCCCCAGGAGGAACGCUACCCGAUCUUCCCCUCUAAUUUCUCCUUCCUGCCGGAAUUCCAAGACAUCAGGAUCAUGGACUGCUGCAACGGCCUCCUCCUCUGCCGUCUCUGGGAAUCCACGGACGAUUUCCAUUACGUCCUGUGCAACCCUGCCACGGAGAAGUUCACCACCGUGCCACCCUCGGGCAAUGCCGACAACCUCUACGCCGCACGCCUGGGCUUCGACCCGGCCGUGUCGUCGUCGAGAUUCCAUGUGUUUGAGCUCGUGGAGUACGAGGAAGAUGACCCGGUCAUCACCGGAGUCCGGGUGUAUUCCUCUGAAACCAGAGAAUGGGUUCACAAGGAGGUCGAAUGGAGCGACGACGCUCUGCUCGAGUCUCGCCUGUCAAGAACCGUCUUCCUUAACGGCUCUCUGCAUAUCCUCACCGAUCAGCCUGCUGUGCUCACGGUGGACACGGAGCUUAAGACAUGGAGGAAGAUCCAUCUCAGUCUUCUCCAGGAUCAGGAUGGGUUCAUCCAGCAGUCACAGGGCCGCUUGCAUUAUGUCAACUUCAGGGAAUUCGAUUCUGUCACUCGGCUGGCAGUUUACAUCCUCGAGGACUACGGCGGCGAUGACUGGGUGUUGAAGCAUAGUGUUGAAGCUUCACGCAUAUUUGGGACUACAGACCUUCAACUGGUGGAUUGGGUUGCAAUGCAUCCAGAAUGUAACCUGCUCUUCUUCAGUGUGGGAUGGGAUGGGACGUUGAUGUCCUAUGAUAUGGAUCGUCAGCAGGUUCGAGUGAUCCGCAACCUUGGACAUGACUCCCUGCCUCCAUAUCUGCCGUGUGUGCCUUUCUACUCUGAGUUACCAGCUUUGGAAAACGAGACAUAACAAUGUCAUACAAAUACACAUUGGUGUCUUUAAUAAGAAAGUGAAUCUUGAGUUGAUACUUAUUGGUAUGGAGGAACAGCUUAAUUUGGAUCCUGUUAUCUCUGAAUUGGAGUGCUUAGAUAUCUGCCCAGUUUUCUGUUUUCAAUCAACUUUCUGGUGUCAGUACUUGUCUCUAUAUGUUGCUGGUUUUGCUAGACAAUGUCUUGUUGGGUUUGCA